AUGGACGACCACCUCGAAGAGCACCCAAACCCCUCCUCUCUCUGCACACAGCUGCAGGACCUGAAGCUGACUAUAGACGGACUGGCGAAGGAGAGAGACUUCUACUUCGGAAAGCUGAGAGACAUUGAGGUCCUCUGCCAGGACAGCGAAAGUGAAAACCCAAUCUUCAACAAAAUCAUGGAUGUGCUUUACAGUACAGAGGAGGGCUUUGCACCACCAGAGGAUGAAGACGUCGACGACGGGGCACAAGGAGACGAGGAAGAGUUCUGAUCUCUUCGUCAUCCUCCACCCUUUUAUCGUCCUCCUGUUUUUACCCCUUUUAUUAUUUCCUUUUUACAACUUCCCCUUCCUUCCCCCAUCUUUUCCGCGGCUGUCCAUAUCCAUGUUGACUUUUGCUUUAAAGUAGCUGGACUCAACAUGACUUUAUUCUCACAGAGGAGACAGCUGCACUGCAGGGCUGGGUUAGCCUGCAAGAGAAAAGGUUAAUAGCAAUGAGAUUACAGGAAUCCAGCACUCACAGGUCACUUUCUCUCACCAUGCACUUUCAUCGGUGGCCACAGACGAGCAUCAGGGUCCUCUGCAGAGUUUACAUGAAACCACAGCGAUUUCCACACAAUGUGACCAGUUUAAACAUAUUUGGGCUAUAAACUUCACUAGGAGACAUUAUUAAUCGAUUUAAGACACUUUAAGAAAGAGGCAUGCACAUAUAUUUUUAAGAUUUUUCUUAUGAUGACAUGUGAACAUACAUUAACCCCCUUUCUCCCCCCCCCGGACAUAUCACCGACUUUGAACUGCUCAUAAUGCAGAAAGAAGUCAUCACUCCCGAAUUCAUUCAUACGGUUUGCUUAUGAUUGUAUUGACGAUUUGUUUAUGAGACAGUAUGUUGUAUUAAUUAUUUAUUUAUGGUUUUUCUUUGAAUAUGCUACGGUUUCUGGAUUUGGGGAUAUUGAAGAUAUUGCACUAAAUGUAGCAAAACAAAUUGACUAAAAUGCCAACAUGCAGUGAAGAUACAGAAAGAUGCAAUUUUAUAUAUUUUGUAGAUUUAUUUUAAAGAGGUUUGUUUUUUUCGAUUUGCAUUGAAAUGUGAAAUGGCCAAGUUAGAGGCGUCAGCGUAAAUUACAAGACAAAUGCCAGGCUUUGAAUUCUUUGAGUGCAUAACAUGUACAGACAGACACUAAUAAGUACUAAUGUUUGGCUGUGUUGAAUGAGUUAAUCAUUUGAGCUGCUAUCAUCUUUAUUUUGCCGUAUUUAAUUGAGUUAUUUUGCAAAGCGUUCAACCGCCACCACAGGGGCAGCCAAGGAACUAUUGGUUUGGUUUAUUGUGAUCGACAGUGGUUAAACCUGUCUGAGAGAAAAUACUUCAAAGUGUAUCUCAUGGCAGCUUGUGAUAAACUUGCAUCGUUUGCAGUCACUGCUGCAAUAAAAUAAAGCUCUUGUGUUCAAGAAAAGAAACAAA